AUGGCAGGAGACCCCAUGAAGUGCAACCAAAACCUGUAUUGCCAAUACCACCAAGAACCAGGGCAUACCACCGAGGACUGCAGAAACUUGAAGAACCACUUAGACCAGCUGGUCCGAGAGGGAAAAUUAAGUCACCUCCUACAUCAUUUCAGUGGUCGACAAGGACAGGCGAAUAUUGAGACACGAAGGGACACCUCCUUGAGACUGCCUAUUGGCACGAUAAAUGUCAUUCUUGCCGCCCUGGGAAAGACCGGCUCUUGUCCUUCCAGAGUAAUGUCUGUAGCUCAACUUCCCACCAAACAUGACGAUCGGGAGUCCAAAAAGGCCAAGAAGAUAGUCUCACCCGUGCUGGGCUUCUCGGACGAAGAUAAGGUCGGAACUAUCCAACCCCACGAUGAUGCUUUGGUUGUCACGCUCAGGAUUGGAGGAUAUGAUGUGAGGAGAGUGCUAGUAGAUCAAGGCAGCGCUGUGGAAGUAAUGUACCCCGACCUAUACAAGGGGCUGAAUUUAAAACCCGAGGACUUAACGGCAUAUGAUUCCCCUCUGGUAAGUUUCGAAGGGAAGACCGUUACUCCAAGGGGCCAAAUUAGACAGCCCAUACAAACAAGUUCGGAUGUGGUGGAGGUUGAUUUCAUUGUAGUUAACGCUUAUUCACCUUACACGGCCAUUGUAGCUAGGCCUUGGCUUCAUGCCCUGGGAGCUGUCUCUUCUACCCUGCACCAAAAGGUGAAGUACUCGUCGGAGGGCCAGGUCAAAGAGAUUAUGGGGGACCAGACCAUGGCCAGACAGUGCAUGGUGGCCGCCAUCUCACGCCAACACAAUGCUAAGCCCUCAGCCUCUACUGAAAAUGGCUUAUAG